AAGACAUAAGAAAGCGUGAGCAUCAGCUUUCUUCAUAGGAGAAGAUGGGGAAGAAAAUCAGAUUUUCUUUGUGGGACCAGGACAGGGGAGAGGCGGGUUUAACAGAGGACGAGGGAAUGGUAGAGGAACAGGCAGAGGCAGAGGAGGAGGCAGAAACGCAGAAGGCAAAUUCCUCUGCUACAGGUGCGGAAAGGAGGGGCACAUGGCGAGAGACUGUGAGGAACAGAGACCACAGAACAAAGAAGGGGGACAAAAGGGACAGUACAAAGACGAAAGACAUGGCCCCCCCCCUUCACAUAACCUACAUAGUUAUGACAACUGACUAGACGUAGAAAAGGAAGAAGAGGACGUCCACACACAUCACAUUGACCUUUCUGAAGUAUUCAGAAUAAACAACAAGAUAGUACUCCCUGUUAGUCUCUACAAAACAGCAGCUCAUUUGAGUCAUGGGCCGUGCCAUGUCUCAACAGGAGGGAUGGUGACAAUAAUAAAUGAACACUUCCAUACAUACAACUACAUUACAUUUUCUAAAAACUUUUGUAGAGCCUGUGUAGUAUGUUGCAGACACAAUGCUCAAGGCAAUGAGCGACCACAGAGAGGAAAGUUCCCUCCACCAACAUACCCGUUUCAACACAUGCAUAUGGACUUCAUCGAACUAACACCAUGCCAAGGGUACAAAUACUGUUUGGUAAUGAUAUGUCCGUUUUCAAAGUGGGUUGAAAUAUUCCCAGCAAAACAUGCAGACGCUAUUACCGUAGCAAAAGCCAUAUGCAAGACAAUAAUACCAAACAGAGGUAUUCCAGAGAAACUGUACAGUGAUAAUGGUUCCCAUUUUGUAAAUCAGGUUAUUACCAAACUGUCCGAACAUAUGGGGAUAACAUUAAAAAACCAUUGUGCAUAUCAUCCACAGAGUGCAGGCUUAGUGGAAAGAACAAACGGAACAGUAAAGUUAAGACUAAGGAAAACAAUGGAGGAAACAGGAAGACCAUGGGUGGAAUGUGUGUCUCUAGUAGAAACAUGCAUGAGAAUCACGCCCACGGCAAAAGGGUUGUCUCCCUUUGAGAUCAUAACAGGAAGGCAAUUCAGACUACCAAUCACAGACGAGGUGAGGGAGGAGGAUGAUGCUGAGGCAGAGACUACAUUAGCUGAAUGGAUGAGCAGACUCUUCAGAAGUAAUGAGAUAGCUCGAACAAAUAACUUGCCAGACAUUUCUACUCCCUUACAGGAUACUCGAGUGCAGACUGGUGACCAGGUCCUCGUGAAGGUGAUUAAGAGGAAGCAUUGGCACUGUCCACGGUGGGACGGUCCCUACACGGUACUGCUGACAACACCGACUGCACUAAAAAUCGCCGAAAGAACUACGUGGAUACAUCAGAGCCACUGCAAAAAGAUAAAACCUCUUCAACUUAACGACGGAUAAGUGGUGGAAGUCCGGCUACAAAGGGCGGUGUUUCAUUAGGAAAUACUGGUCUCAACCCCGGUGAAGAAAACAACAGAACCACUAUCACAAAUAGACUAUGUUGGGAAAGGUGUUGUUUGUAGUGACCUUGCUGGGUCUGACGCUAAUGACUAUAAGACAAUUGAGUGAGGAAUCCUCAACAAAAGAAGAAGUCCAUCGAGAGAAAAAAUGGUCACUACUCAACGAUGUUGCAACAGACAGAUAACGGUGACUAUACUGACACAGACCCCUCUCAGAAGGACGAAUAUACUCACCUAACCUCCAAUGUGUAAGACUUAAAGCUAGGUUACUGUCUGUCAUAUGACGAAUGGUUCGAAAAUGUCAAAAACAAGUGAAUUAAUUCUGAAAGUAAUAAAGACACUGUAACCAGCUAGUAAUUAUGAAAAACAGGAGGGAAUGUUAGAGUUUAUUGAAGGGUAAAAGUGUUUUCAUAAU